AUGAUAACAAUCCUAUCUAUUUCAUUCCUAAUCUCAAUAACCUAUUCAUAAUUCCUGAGACCAACUGAAGACACUUAAGUAGCAAUCAAGUCUUGUGGAAUUCAAGAAUAUCUACUUCCUAAUAUCUACCAAGUAUAAGGAAGUGCAUCAACCAUUAUGGAACCAACUCAAGCCACCAUUACUUUGAAUAUUGAAGUUAAAAAAGUCCAAGCUUAAGAGGCACUCUAGUAAUUGGCUAACAUUUCAGACAAAGCCAUCAAGGCUAUCAAGGAACAAUCAAAUAGUGAUCUAAAGAUUUAGACCAAUGAUUAUUAGAUUUAACCAUAUACAGAGUACGAUUAUACAGUAACUCCAGCAAAUUUGAUCUUUAAAGGGUUCAAAGCCAACAGUUAACUCACUAUUGAAACGCUAAAUAUCAGUGAAGUUGGAAAAAUCAUCGAUAUUGCUGUAAAAAAUGGAGUUGAGACAGUCGUUGGUGUAAGUUUCGAUAUAAGCAAAGAACAAAAACGAAAAAUUAAAGAUAAUUUGGUUGAGCAUGCCAUUGAAGAUGCUAGACAUACUGCUGAUGUUGUUUUGAAAGAAAUCAACAUGAAAAUCGUAUCAGUUAAAAGUGUUGUUCUAAAUGAUGGCUACGGUUACGAUUAGGUGGGCGUCCUUCAAUAAACAGUGACAGUAGGAUACGUAAUAGCCUCUAUAGAUUAAUGA